UAGCCAACCCUACGCUACCAUGGAGGCCCCAAUAAUACUUCCAAGCACACGGCUCUUCAUCGGGCCUAGCCAUGAGCUAUUCGGCUUUGACAGGAUAUGGGUGAGCAUUUUCGAAGGCCGUCACCGUGUCCUUGGCAGGAAUGGGGAUGAUACACAGGACUUGAAGCUCCUCACGCGCAUUCUCGAAGACGCUAACCCAAAACACGCGCGCAUUUCUCUUUGGUUCUAUUUGACAGACAGAGAUGUGCGUUCUGCAUUCAUGCCAUCCGACGAAUAUCAUUACACUCCUCAUCCACAUACAGCGCUGAAUGGGCAAACUCCUUUGGUCUGGACAGUCGACUUUGAUCAGAACCGCAUCUUCUACGACCGAGAUGGCAUGCAUUUGGUCCACUACUUCAGAUUACCCGACGAACGCCCUCUGCGACUUCGACAGUUCCGGCAUUAUAUUCCAUCCCAGCCUUAUGCUCCUAUGCAACUUCCCAUGACAGCAGCAAACCCAUCAACGUCAAAAUUUAAAAGGAUCUCAGCACCACGAAACACGAUCCCGCCCCAGCUCUUCGACUUCGUGUAUCGCCUUGCACAUGAUUAUGAGGUCAAUUGGCGAACUAGCAAGUUCACAACCGAGAGCUACGGGUUACAGCAGCUUGCUAACGGCAUCCUGAGCUGCUUUACAUUGAACUUCAGAACGCAGGAAAUUUUCCCCGCAGAGAGAAAUGUGUCUCUUUUCCGAUUCCCUGUGGAUGUAGGGAACCUUUUACGCUGGCGUACUUGGCCUUCGCCCCCUGUAGUGUCUACAGUCAGCGUAGGAGACACACACAUCCUGCUCACUGAACGAAUAGAUGAAGCCAUGACACUUGUGAAUGAGCAUUUCGCGAGUGUUUGCAAAAGCCUCUAUUUACGUGCGCAUGGGCGGGCAACUGACCAUGUGAAAACCCAUGGGUGGCCGUGCUUCCACUCAGAUACCGAUGGGUGUACUACGCAGUAUAUCGUCACCACGAUCCGGGAGAUCCAGUAUUUUAGAAAGACCUGCGAAACCGUCUCGCGCACACGCGUUUCGCCCUUCUUCAACGGCCCAGGUCCGCCAUCAAGGAUCGGCGUGCGCUGGAUGUUGAACGCCAUUCAUGGACAUGCGUAUCCUAUGUGUACACCAAUCCAUAAAUUGCCUAUCGAGCUGCAAUAUACGAUACUGGACUUUACUUCGGCCGGAAGUUACAUGGACCGCGCUAUGUAUGCGGGCGUGUUGGGCAUUGGAGAUUCUUUCGACUGGAAAUUAGGCACACUACCACUCAAGCUUUGCCAGCUAAGUAGGAAAAGAACGUUGGAUAAUAAAAGAUCCGAGCAUCAAGUACUGUUCUGGGAUGAAUACGUUGCAAUGUCGUAUCAAGUGAAGGUUUAGCAAAACGGCCAUUAACCGCACGUCGAAUGACGCUCUUGGAAAGUUGUUCUCUUUCUAGUUCCAAUAUGGCAAAAUGGACGACGUAUAAUGGCUAGAUCUUAGAUGUCCUUGAGCAUAUAAAGCAAAAAGUCCAGCCCGGGUAGGUUCAAGUAGCAUAAUUUCACGAGGGGAUGAUCAAUUUACAGUUGCCGCUCUGACAUUUUUUCACGCCGCCUCUAGGCCUGCUUCUAGCAUCUCGGAGAUUGCCUCAAU